AAGAAUUAAUAUCAAAAACUCUUAAAAUUGAUUAAUUAGCUUAUAAGUUAGUCUAAAAGGAAAUAAAUGCACUUUAGUCCAAAGCCUAUCAAUAAAAAAUAAUUUAACAUUGUCUAGCCCCAACAAUAAAAAUAAGUUGGUAGAUAAAAUGGGGUUCAAAUCUUACAAAAUAAUUACAUGACAUAAAGCGCUAGUAACAAGCAACUUAUUUAAGCAAAUAAUUACUCUUCAAAUGGAUCUUAUUUGCAACUAUCUAAAAAAAAUACUAAGCAGAAUUUAACUAAUUCAGCAAAAAUGCCAAAUAAUUAACUAAAUAAUUAAAAUUAGCUAUAAAAUAUUCAUUAACUUGUUAGGUCUCAUCACAGAUAAGAGCUCAACAAUAACAAUGUUAAGAGUUAAUAAGAAACCAACAAUAAAUUGAAGAAUAAUAUUAAUGUCAAUAAUUUUACAGAAGUAAAAAUAAGGCAGCACUCUAAUCCUUAAUUUUAAAAAAAUGCUAAUUAUUUAACAGUAACACCUGUCAUGAAUUCUCAGUUGAUAAAUAGAGUGAGAUCGCUGAGCCCAACUCCAGUUACUACUAAUUAAUUCGUCUAAGUUAUACCAAAUUAGUAACUUUAACAGGGAAAUCAACAAAUAAGAAAUUUAAAUGCUUAAUAUUCUCCUUAUAGGGUAAUUGAAAAUCAGUAAUUAUAAAUAGUUCAAUCCUAAUAAUAGUUGAAAUAAGCAUAUACUCCAAUAAGACUUUUGAGUCCUUAAUAAGACAAUAUUGUUGUUAAUUAAUCUGCUCAAGUAAUGCCAAGUAAUAAGUUUUAUGAAGAAUAUCCUUUACAAAGCUCACUAAUGAAGGAAAUAGAUAUCAUAUCGCCAAAAAAUACAUUUAAUAUAGUACCUAAUUAGAGCAAUCAAUAAUUAAAAUCUGAUCGCCUAAUUUAAUCUUGCGAAACUCCAAAUAUCUUAGAAUCAGGCAUUAACUCACAAUAACAAAGCAUAAUUGAAAAAUACUUUAAGAAAACUGAUGAUGGCUUUGUUUUCCCUAGCCAGUUCAAUUAAUUAAGCGAGAAUAAUUCAUAAUUACAGAAAAAAUAUGUCUUAGGAGCUGUAAGUGGCAGUAAUUCUCAAAUAAACUUUUAAAAUUUAUCGUCAGUACCAAUAAGCGAUAGGCAAACAGCUAAUACUUUUAAUUAAUAUGAUGAAAUUUUUGCUCAAGAAUCCCAGUAUUUCACUAAAAAAAUAGAUGAAAUUUUUUCUACUGCAGAAAUAUAAAAAUAGAAUGACCUCAAAGAAAGCGAAUUCACUCAUAGUCAAAAUAAGUAAAAUUAAUUAAGUAUAAACCAGGAAUAAAUACAAGAAGCCGUAACAUCCUCUCUGUAAGAUAAAGUAAAGAUAGAGACUUUAGAAAAACAAAUAUAAGAAAAAGACAAUUAACUUAUGAUGAAAAAUCAAUAAAUUACUUAGCUAGAAGAAGAAAUACAAAAGCAGUAGUUCAAAUUUUAGGAUCUUUCUAAUCAGAUACUUAAUUUAUUAAAGGAGAACAACGAAUUUAAAGAAUAAAUUACAUAAGGCAAUUAAAUUCCUUCUCACAUUAUAACUGAGAUUCAAAAUCUUAAAAAUAACAUAAAAAUAUAUGAAUAACAAGUCUAAGUUGUGGUUCAAAGUGAAUAGGCUCUAAAAUAGUAAUUAGAGAAUGAAAUUUAAACUAAAAACAAUUUGAAUAGUAUGAUUGAAGAAUUGGAAUAUUAAUUGGCUUAAAAAGAUUAAACUAAUUAAUAUUCGCCAUAAUCUUCUCCUUGUAAUUCUGAAGCCAGUAAAGAAGAAAUUAUAAUUGGUCUUUCCUAUGAAAAAAACAGUCUUUAAGAUCAGAUCAAAAAACUUAAAAGAGAGUUAAAAGAAAUGAAAGAAAAUUCACUGAGAACUACUCUAGAGUAUGAAAAGGAAAUCCUUAAAUUGAAAGAAGAGAAGGAAAAGGCUGAAAACUAAUUGAAGCACAUUGAUAACAAUCAUAAAAAGAAACACUCAUUCGUUUAAGCUGAAAACAGCUACGUACUUGGGUAGCUGGUUGUUAUGAAAAACGAUAUUGAAGAAAAGUAAGCUGAAAUAGAAUAACUCAAGGCUCAAAUAUAAUAAUUAGAAUAAAAAUCUACAUCUAAAAAUAAUGCAUCAGUUUUUGAUAAUGAGAUUUAGUAAAUUUAAAACAACUAUCAAGCUUUAUUAGAAAAUGAAUAACUUAAAUACAGAGACACUUGCCAGACAUACGAGUUAGAAAUAUCUCACUACAAAUAACAAAUUCAGUCGUUAAUAGAAAACGGGAACGGCGCUGUUGAUGAAAGAAGUAAGCAAUAUAAAAUUUUGAUUGUUUUUUCUUUUUUUGUUAAAAUGAUGAAUAGUUUUUUGGUAAAAGAGAAGUGA